AUGAUCAGUCCAAAUGCCGGCAAAGCCGGAGUACAGAAGAAGAAACGGGCCAAAGUAAGUACAGCCUGUGAUAACUGUCGGAAGCGCAAGAUCAAAUGUACGGGGGACCAGCCCUGUCUGAACUGUCAAACAUACAGCUGUGAGUGCACCUAUACUCGUGGAGUCCCUGUUACGCCGGCGUCAAUAGGAUCUUCAAAGCGUCCAAAGACCACUGCUAAGGCCCCGUCCUUUUCAGAGAGCAGUAGCGAUUUUGCAUCUUUGUCGUCAAAAUCAACAGCUUCGUCAUACGCGGAUUCAAGGGCCUAUUCCCAGAGAGGUCCGUCAAAUGGACUUUAUGGUGAUGACACAAACUUGACUCGGCAAAUGCACCUUCUCAGCAGCACUCUCCGAUCCUUGAGAGACGCUCAGCCAUCGUCACGAAUAAUGGAAGCCAUUCAAAGCGUUUCAGAACAGCUACGUGAAAUAGAAACCACAUGGAAGCCGCAUUUAGAACCAGAUGCAAUCCGCGAUAUACCGCCGACCGCGACUUCUCUAGAAACGCAACUCAUGAUCAACAAGUACUCCGAUAAGGUAUCGCUAACAAAGUACUCGACAAUUCAGCCGUCGCCAUUCCUGUCGCGUACGAGUGUCAUCAGUCAAUACCCAGUGGUGGAAGAUUUACACGGUUUGUAUAGCCCAGGGCUUAUAAUGUCCAUUCAAGGCAUCGGAUUUUUAUUCAAGCAUUUUUUUGAUCCGGGCGUCAAAAUGGCAAGAGAGUAUAAAACAACACUUUUUUUAAUGCUCAGGUUUUUCGACACAUGCUCUCAUAACCUCGAUCUGGGUAUUCAAUCGUGGACUUCGCCUCUCGAAACAUAUUCUGCUUUAGGACACGUUUCCUACGAAUCCCGGGAUAAACUGAUUCGAGACCUUCUAGCGACACUACCGGCUUAUGUCGUUGCUCAGACAAAGGAGCUAUAUCCUAAUUUUGAGCUCCCUACAAACUUUAAUGACAGUCUGGGCAUGUUACACUGGAUAGCGCGGGCGAUGUUUGUAUGUUGUCUCGGCUCCUUAUGUGAAGAACAUGACAUUGAAGAGUGUGUCGUUCUCGACCAAGAGGGUGAAGAAUUCCUACAUGCUCAAGAAUCUUUAUGCGUUCUCGCCUUUGAAUACUUUAAUGUCACAACAUACACGCCAAGCGGUAAUCUAGACUACCUAGAUACCCUUCUCCUCUUCAUAAAGCACCAAUAUUGGAUGGGAGAGUAUCAUAUCAUACCACAGCUCGUUUUGAGGCUCGUAAGCUACGCUCUAAACAUGGGACUCCACCGCUGGGAAUAUUACGUCGGCAUGGAGGAAGUAACAGCAGAGCGGCGCCGACGUUUGUGGUGGGAAUGUUACAACAAGGGCGUAAUUUGUUCAGUGCUGAACGGGAAACAAGGCAUAUUACCUCAUGGGAGUGUGAGUUGUUUGCUGCCUGAACAUUGCAGAGACCUGGGAAUUUUGGAGUCUGAGGAAAUGCUGGAAAAGAUUGCUUUCGUAGAGAAGCUUCCGCGCGGGACUGCAAUGGACAAAAUAGAUUUUUGCUCGACGGCAUUGGCAAUUGUUGUUGCGGACUUUUUCCAAAAUGUUCUUUACAGCAAGAAAAACACCUGCUUUAGAAACAAUGCCAAGCCAAGUCGCCUCCGAGAGAAGAUCUUGUCGGACUUGAUUGAAGACGUCGACAAAUUCAUACAAAGGGUUGGCAGAAUUGAGAAGUUGGCAAAAAUGAUAUGCGACCUAGCGGAUCAGCACGGAACAAACUGCGUUCCAGAAAAGGAUCGUUUCAUUGAAAAGGUGGUGGCACCUCGAGUUGUAGUAUUCCUAGAAUUUUCAAAAUCGAUUUGCCUGGGUUCUGUGGAGCAUCUAUUUGCGCGAUUCAAAGAAAAUGGGUUUUCUCGUACAAUUCAAGAACCUCUGAAUAGCUACAGGCUGUUGAUUCAUACUUCAUGGCGUUCUGUAAUCACUUCAAUUGAUAACAAAAAGGUGGAGAGCGUAUGGCUGGCACUGUCGUGUGGAUGUAUGCUUUCGCUUUCGGUGCUCACGGAUAUUUUCACCCAAGAUAUCCCUUCUACGAUUCAAGAUUUAAGACUCAUUCUUCGCUCGUCUAAAAGUCUGGCUAGGCUCUCAUUCUUGGAGCAGGUCACAGGAGAAUUAGCUGAUACGUGUAGAAUGUUGAGAACCUUUACAAAGGCAAAAACGUUGUUUCAAAUUUUGACCAGAAUAGCGUUGCAACUCUAUAUGAGGACCGCGCAUUUGAGCAUUGCUGAGUUUUUAGACGUGUUAGCUGCCGAAGACGCCGAACUUGUCUCCACUGCGAGCCAACUCUUGAUGUUACCACAAGACUGCUUCAAGGCCUGUCUGGUCGCGAAAGAGAAGACUACGUGGGUUAUGAAUGUGGAGCGCUCACUAGAGCAGGCGCAAGCUUUGGUGGGUCAAGAGCCCUUACCUGAUAACGAGUAUUCUCAUCCGCUUACAGAAACUUGGUCGCACCUAGGUUUGCCGGCUGCCACUAACUCAGCAGAAGCCGCAAAAAGCAAAGAAGCGCCGCUCCCGAUGUCUCCUCUCGUAAAUUUCAAUCUCGGCUCUCUCGAUGAUUUUUUGAACUGCGGUACGGACGACGACCUUUACAAUAAAUUGUGGAGCGAUAUCAACAUCGACAUUCCUGACCUUUCCUCAAAUCAGGAAUUGUGA